CCUGGCAGUAACCGCCUCGGCAUGGCAGAAGGUGAAGAAGAUUGUCACUCUGACGUGGUAAGAAUGGAUGACAAUGAAAGGUCUGGAGAAGCAAAUCUUCAGGCAGAGCUCCAGAUGUUCAGAGCAAAGUGGAUGUUUGAACUUACCCCAGGGGUGGGUUCUGCUGGUUUGGAAACUCGACCCUGGAGAGCAUCGGCAAGAGGGCCUUCAGUAAAGGCUGUAGAUGCCAAAGAAAAGCAAGAACUAGCAAAAGAGGAAAAGGCAAGAGAACUGUUCCUGAAGGCAGUAGAACAAGAACAGAAUGGGGCUCUUUAUGAAGCUAUUAAGUUCUACCGCCUGGCCAUGCAACUGGUUCCAGACAUUGAGUUUAAGAUUGCCUAUACCCGGUCUCCAGAUGGUGAUGGUGUUGGGAAAAACUACAUUGAGGAUAAUGAGGAAGAUAGCAAGAUGGCUGACCUUCUAUCCUACUUUCAGCAGCAACUCACUCUUCAGGAAUCUUCCAUCAAAUUGUGUCAGCCUGAGCUUGAUGUGAAUCAGACCCAUAUUUCAGUGCUGCCUAUGGAGCUGUUGAUGUAUAUUUUUCGAUGGGUGGUUUCCAGUGAUCUGGACCUGCGGUCUUUAGAGCAGUUAUCUUUGGUCUGCAGAGGUUUUUACAUUUGCGCCAGGGACCCUGAAAUUUGGCGUCAGGCCUGUUUGAAGGUGUGGGGCAGAAGUUGUAACAAAAUGGUUCCUUAUACCUCAUGGAGGGAAAUGUUUUUGGAAAGGCCCAGAGUUCGAUUUGAUGGUGUGUAUAUCAGCAAGACAACGUACAUACGUCAAGGAGAGCAGUCUCUAGAUGGUUUCUAUAGAGCUUGGCAUCAAGUGGAAUAUUACAGGUACCUGAGAUUCUUUCCAGAUGGCCAAGUAAUGAUGUUAACAACUCCAGAAGAACCUCAGUCUAUUGUUCCUCGUUUACGAACUAAAAACACAAGAACUGAUGCAAUCCUGCUUGGCCAUUAUCGCCUUUCCCAGGAUACAGACAAUCAAACCAAAGUAUUUGCUGUAAUGACAAAGAAGAAGGAAGAGAAACCAAUUGACUACCACAAGUUCAGAUAUUUCUGCCGUGUCCCUGUUCAAGAAACUGAUCACAGCUUUCAUGUAGGGCUACAGCUAUGUUCCAGCGGACGCCAGAGAUUCAACAAACUUGUUUGGAUUCAUCACUCUUGUCACAUUACUUACAAGUCUACUGGUGAGACCGCAAUCUCUUCUUUUGACAUUGACAAGAUGUACACCCCUUUGUUCUUUGCACGGGUGAAGAGCUUUACUGCGUUUUCAGAAAAGCCUCUCUAAGGAGUUCACAUCUCUUUUACUUUUGCAUGAAGAAAUUACAGCAAACGACACUUAAGUUAUAAAUGUAUAUAUAUUUGAAUUUUAUUUUAAAACGGAAUCUUUUUGGAAAAAUAUAUACUGGAAAUACAUUUGAUUUAGGGUUGCUGGGUUAUUUUAUUGGUCUGAAGUCAAGUUUACAUGUUAUUUUAAACUUGUUUAUGUUGUGAAAAGACUUUGAUAACUUAAAAGAGGCAUUUUUACUCUGUCGGUUUAUGAGAAGAUUUAUAAGCUGUUUUCUCUCCAGCGUAAGGCUUCAUCUGCCUAUGCACCUUAAGUUCAGGAAACAUUAUAAACCUACUGCUGUAUAUAAGACUUAGAUUGCGUGCUUUGGGGGGGGGGGGAAGCAGAAAAUGUGAAGCGUUUGUCCUGCAUCUGUGUGUGGCCUACAGGGAAGGAAAAUAAAUGAUUACUUUGACAUUCUUGUAUUUGGGUUGCCUUU